UCGCGUAACAGGUUCCAAGGAUUGAUGACUUGGCGUCAAAACCUGUAUGCCACGGGUAUUUUGUUCGUUCUUGACUUUUCUACUCGCCUGCUAUGUCAUCUUAGAUGUCCCAAUCUAGUGGGAAGAAAACGAAGAUAAGAAAGAGUAAAGUGGUCUAACUUUUCAAGCCGUUCUUUGUAUGGUAAACCCCGGAGUUCCGGAAUCGCACGGGUAGUUACCCUCUGUACUUUUUCCGGGAUAUCCGAGUCACCUUUUAAACAGAGGCUUGGAGCCUGAACGCAGUUUUGAAGCUUAGUUUUCACUAGGGUUUUGUAUACUGUAGUGAACAUGGCAGUAUCUAACUUGGUGAAUGCCCAUCUUAAAGCCCAUAGGGUUCUAAACCCCUUAGCUGCAAUCUCGCAGCAGUGGCCUGUGAUCCUAAGAUCAUGACUCACUGUCACCCCAAGAUCCUUGUGAGACCGAACCACCGGUACAGGCACUUCUCCUAUGCUGUACCUAUUUACCUUUGUAUCCCGAAAGUGCAUGUAGACAUACUUUGUUGUGUUGAUAGGCACCAUCCACUCUUUAAACCAGGUAGUCACAAAAUCUAAGUCUGCCUGAAGUGCGCAUGCAUCGGCGUCACCUGUUAUUUCUCGCCAGAUCUUUACAUCAUCAGCGUAUAGUAACAUUGGGGACACAACUAUACUUGGGGCGUCAUUUACAUACAGUAUGAAUAGUAAAGGACCUAGGACAGAAACUUCCAGUAUUCCACAAAGUACUGGUCUACAGUUGGAGCACUUGGGAUUCACUCUUACUUUCUGUCUACGACCUACCAGGAAAUCCUUAAUCCAUUAUAGGAGGGGUCCGACAAUGCAAAGGUUUUCCAGCUUCAAGAGCAGUCUAUCUGUUGGUACCUUAUAAAAUGCUUUGCUGAAGUCUAUAUAGACAACAUCCACUGAUUUUCCAUUGUCUAGAACCUUUAUCGAUUGCUCCCUUGCUAUAAGGAAGUUUGUUGUGCAAGAUAAACCUUUCCUGAAACCAUGUUGUUCGCUGUUUAACAAGUUGUUGGUUUUCACGAAUGUCAUUAUGGUCUUUUUGACUAUUCUUCCCAUUAACUACGACAGUGGUGAGGCUGACAGAUCUUUAGUUCGAUAGAAGUUGUCUUGGUCUUGUUUUAUGUAUUUGAGUGACGAUUGCAUCCUUCCAGUUCGUAGGUAACACACCUUGGCCAAGUGACAUAUUGAAUAUCACAGUUAGUGAGGCUGCAAUAUAUUGUGCAAUUUGUCUCAGGAUUUUGGGUUGUAGUUCAUCCGAUCCUGUUGACUUUUCCAUGUCUGAGGUACUAAGAACCUUAAGUACAUCAUUUCGAUCAAAGCACACAGUGAACAGACAGUUUGUUGACUUUCUAUUUGGGCCUAGUUCUUCGUCUAGAAGACUAGUAAAUGUAGUAAGAUGUUAUAACACACUAGCGCCAUUAUAAUGAUAUAAAAUCUCAAACUAAAUGUUAAAUGGUCUUAAACUCAACCUCAUCACCUGCUUUGAUUUUGAGAUUAAUUGGUGUUAUUAGCCCCAGGUAGUAUGUGGAUUGGGUUCAGUACUUAAAUUUGCAUGUGUUUUGUGGUUAGUACAAUUUAUACCAAAUAUUAAGGUUGGAAUUCCUUCGUAUCUUCCUGACGAUGUACGUUCUUAUAUAGUAGAUUGACCCUCUGUAUUUACUACAUUGUUCUCAUUAAAGUAGACGUAGUGCAGUUCUGAUCUUUGUGAGUCGGAUUUUGUAGCUUCAGUUGGUAGAAUAUUAGUUUUAGUUCUGUUGUUCUCCUGUCAAUAGUAAAUCUUUCAGCGUGCAAUAAAUUAGGGCUGUAAUGUUCAUAACUAGACACAACAAUAUAGCUUCUUAAGUUGUUGGAUCAAAAAAUUGUAGUUAUCUGCAGACAUAAAAUCAGUUAAUAAUUUGACAUACUCAACCAUGCUGGAGAAUCGCGCAACAUUCAAAACCGGAAAUUGUUACGAAAACUUUCGGUUAAUCAUAGUUGGUUCUUAUUGUUAUUCAAACGAAUGAACAUCGAUACAAAGAGGCACCAAAAUAUAUGCAUCAUGCCCGCGACGUGUGAUGGUCUAUACUGAUGGUUCAUGUAACGGUGCACAUGAUGAUCGUCGUGCUGGUUAUGGUGUUUACUGGGGGCCCAAUCAUCCAUGGAAUGUCUCUGAGCGGUUGGAAGGAGAGCAAACAAAUAAUAGAGCAGAAAUUGAGGCGGUGAUAUGUGCAAUUAAACAGGCACACAUUGGUGGUAUUACUCAUUUGGGAAUAGUUACUGAUAGUAAAUUCGCUCAAAACUGUGCAACCGAAUGGGGUCAACGAUGGGCGCGAAAUGCUUGGAAAUUAGCCAAUGGUGAAGAUGCUAAAUUAAAAGAACCAGUUAAACGGUUACUUGGAGUUAUCGCUGAAUCAGGAAUUGAAAUAAUUUGGAUGUCACAAAUGUUGACAAUCGAUGUAAAGCCAACCAAAUCGUUUCCUGACCAGAAACCAGGUACAAGUGGUUUACGUAAACCAACAAAAACAUUUAUGCAACAUGGGUACACUGAGAACUUCAUACAAUCUAUUUUAAAUGCAGCUGUUGGUGAAUUGUUGAACAAAUCUCAACCAGUUCGACUUCUUUUAGGCGGAGACGGUCGGUAUUUUGUACGAGAAUCAUUACAAAGUAUCAUUAUCCCAAUAUGUUUAGCUAAUGGGGUAUCUGAAUUGUUUGUUGGUCAAAAUGGAAUCCUGUCAACUCCAGCUGCAUCAUUCAUAAUUCGUAAGCAUCAAUUGAAUGGUGGUAUUCUUCUAACAGCUAGUCAUAAUCCUGGUGGACUAAAUGCAGACUUUGGUAUUAAGUACAAUUGUGGGAAUGGUGGACCAGCACCGGAGAAAUUAACAGAUGCUAUUUUUGCACAAAGUGAAAAGUUGACUUCUUAUAAAACUGUUAAAGAACCAUUAAAUAUUCAGUUGGACUGUAUUGGUUCAACGAAAUAUACUUUAUCCAAUGGCGAAACUCCCAUAGUAACAAUCAUAAGCAGUGUUUCUGAUUAUGCCGAUUACAUGCGCACACUGUUCGAUUUUGAUGCUAUUAAAACACUAUUGACUGGUUCACAUCAGCGUGAACCAUUUAAAUUGCUUGUCAGUGGUCUUAACGGAGUCAUGGGGCCCUACAUUCAUGAGAUAUUAUGCAAUCAACUUGGAUUAAAUUCAGAGUUAGCUAUUAAAUCUCAACCAUUAGAAGAUUUUGGCGGUGGUCAUCCUGAUCCAAAUUUGACUUAUGCGGCAGAUCUUGUCCAAAUGAUAGUGGCUGACUCAUCAAUUGCAAUGGCAGCCGCUUUUGAUGGUGAUGGUGAUCGAAAUAUGUUGAUUGGUCGACACGGUUUUUUUGUAUCACCAUGUGAUUCGUUAGCUGUGAUUGCAGAUAAUACAGAUUGUAUUAAAUAUUUUCAAGAGAAUGGUGUUCAUGGAUUUGCACGAAGUAUGCCUACCAGUAGAGCACUUAAUCUUGUAUGUAAAAGUCGAUCAAUGCAGUGUUACGAAGUUCCAACAGGAUGGAAAUUUUUCGGUAAUUUAAUGGAUGCUAAAUUAUGCUCUUUAUGCGGUGAAGAAAGUUUUGGCACUGGUUCUGAUCAUAUACGUGAAAAAGAUGGUUUAUGGGCAUUACUUGCAUGGUUGUCUAUUUUGGCUAAACGUAGUCAAAUUGGUUUGCCAGUAGAUGUCGAGUCAAUUGUAAUGGAACAUUGGAAGAAAUACGGAAGAUAUUUUUUCACUAGAUACGAUUAUGAAAAUUGUGAAUCAAGUCAAGGUGAUGAAAUUAUGAAUGAAUUAAAGAAAUUAAUUGACAAUAAUAAAAUAUCAGGUCAUGUGUACACCACUGUCAGUGGACGACAGUUCGUUUGUGAUUUUUGUGAUAAUUUUUCAUAUGUGGAUCCAGUUGAUGGAAGUCACACUGCAAACCAAGGUUUUCGCUUAAUUUUUAAUGAUGGAACACGAUUUGUGUAUCGUUUAAGUGGUACAGGCAGUAGUGGUGCAACACUUCGAGUGUAUGUUGACACUUAUGAAUCAGAUCCGGCUAAACAUACAAUUGCUUCACAGGAAUAUCUGAAACCGCAUAUUGAAUUAGCAUUGGAAUUAUGCGGUGUAAAUAAAAUCACUGGUCGAGUAGCUCCAAAUGUCAUCACAUAAAACGUCUUAUCCUACAAAGCUGUUGAUUUUCUACCUUUGCUGCACAACCCAUUCAUGGUGAUUAAUUAAACAUAACACUGAUGACUGUCAUUCGUAGUCUUUUGAACAUAGAAUCGUAUGCGAUCAUGGUAAUUAAACGAACCUUGCCCUCCUCCAAUCAACAGUGAUUCUUAUUAUUAUUACUAUUAUAAAUUCUCCCGUAUAUUAAUAUUGUUCCCGUCGGUUAAUGAUUACUACAUCUAUCUUGUCGCUGCCGCUGUCAUCCUUUUAGUAAUAUUUAGAUGAUAAGAUCAUAAUGCAUUUGCUCAUCGUUUAGAUCUUUCGCUAUAUCUAUCCCCUCUGAUUCAACAUGUGUUUAAAAGUGAUUUUUCCAAUAGUUUAUGCUGAAUCAUUUGUCCAUUUUUUUUUCAAGCAAAUGAAUUUUUUAGUAGCCUCCUUUUUAGGUUUCCUCUCUCAUUAUCUAGUCUUGAUUUUAUUUUAAAAAUAGUGUAUUUUUCGUGCCUUUAACACUUACUUUCAUUUUUUUAGUAGAUAAUUUUUCAAAAAAGUAAUUACACUCCCGCCUACUGAUCAAUAUUACGCGGUGAGACGAACAAUCUUUCGGUUAAUAAUUCAGUGGUGCUUUUCGUAGACAUUAUUAUUCUAGUAAUAGACAAUCGGUGGAAAGCACUGUUUAAUAUAUGUUUCACGCUAGUCGAUACUCAACAACAUAGUUUAUUUGUAAUUUUUUGUGGAAACGUGGGUGCUUUUCCCAUGUAUUUCGAUGCUAUAUCAUUCAACACCGAAAACGUCACCAAUGAACUAUAUGGGACGCCAGGAUCCACCUCCUGCAAGUCCAGGAUAUUUGUGCUAAGUUAUCACGCUUCGUGUUUCUUAGUCAUGAUUUCUGACCGAAUUCUACUGAACAGUACAGGUGUACGAUUUUUAUUGAAAAAUCGGGUUUACAUCAUAACCUUAGAUUCCUAUUUAAAGGAUGAAGGCUAGAAAUACUACUAUUGUCAAAAACCAAUUAUCUAAACCAAAGUAGAUCUCAUCAUAAUCAAAACUAAAAUUCAGUCUAUGAAAAACAGAGACUCUUCAUUUUCAAAACAUCAUUCUAGAACAAAUCAAUCAUGAGCUUUUUUCAAAACCCUGUCGUCUAAAGUUUUCGUUCAAAUCAAAAGCCUUCUCACAGUAAAAGAAGUUGAUAUAUAGUGAUGAAUUCCAUUCAAUCGAUUGUUGAACGACGAUCCGUAGUGUCGCAACCUGGUCUGUGCACGAUCAAUUCUUACGGAAUCCAGCCUGUUGAUCUUGAAGUUGGACGUCUACUGUAUCUUCCACUCGGUUCAACAACACUCUGUUGAAAACUUUUCCUGAUACCGAUAGUAGUGUGAAGCCUCUGUGUUUCUAACACUUGCUGAGAUCCGCUUUCUUUGGUAUCUCGAUGAGAUUUCCUUCUUUUCAGUCUGUCGUCACUUGUUCUUCCUCCCAAAUCUUUAUGAAUAGAAUGCGGAGCAUGUUUGCAGUUACCUCUAUGUCUGACUUCGAUGCUUCAGGUGGUAGAUUUUCAGAGCGUGCUGUUUCCCCACUCUUGAUUUGUCUGAUGGCCAUGUUGAUUUCCUCGACCGUUGUGGAAUGACAUCUAUGGGAAGGUCUGUGUAUUUUGCUUCGAUGUCUGGUGAAUUCAGUGAGACUGAUCUUCUCAAGAGUUCUUCAAAGUGUUCUACCCAUCUGUUCCUCUGUUCCUGAAUCUGAGUGAUUGGCAUGCCUUCUUUGUCCUUGACCGGUCUCUCUGCUUUACCAUAUUUCCCUGACAGUUUCUUCGUUGUAUCAUAUGGUUGUCUCACAUUUCCUUCUCUUGUAGCUUUUCCCCUCUGUCAUUGCUAGGUCUUGCACAUAUUUCCGUUCGUCGGCUCUAAUGCCCUUCUUCACUUGCUUGUUUACUUUUGUGUAUUGAUUGUGAUUCUCUUCUUCUUUAUUUUGAAAAAUGCUUUGAUGAUCCCGGAUCCAUCAAACUCCCACCUUUUAAGCGUUUUUCGUGCUUCUUUGGACAGCAUUAGUUCAACUCACUGCGUGUGCGAAGUACUUACUUCUUCAUGACCAGAGUACAACAGCAUCUCUCCUG